AUGCGUCUCUCUCUGAGAUCCAAGACUCCAUCUUUGUGGAGGCCCGCUGAUAUCAAUCUCGGAACUUCAAAUGGUUUGAAAGAAGAGUUAGAGCGGUAUAUCGAUGAAGCUUGGACUAAAAGCCCCUUCAUCCUCCCUUCUGAUCCCUACGAUCGAGGCACUGCUCAUUUUUGGGCAGCCUAUAUUGAUGAUAAGUGCUUCCCAUUAUUCAUAGAGCUUAGGACGACAGGGGAAGAGGGGAAGGCCAUGAUAAUAGAGAAAAUAGUUGAAGGGCUAGUGAUGUUGGAGGAAGUGUUUGGCAAAGUAAAAGCUUUCUUUGGUGGGGAUAGUAUUGGAUACCUUGAUAUUGCUCUGGGUUGCUACUUGCGGUGGCUGAGGGUGUUAGAGAUAACGGUUAAGGUGAAGUUGCUUAUUGAAGCCAAGACACCGAAGUUGUUGGGAUGGGUUGAGAGGUUUUGUGCAAAUGAUGAUGUUAAUUAUGUACUACCAGAGCCUGCGAAGCUCAUAGAGAACAAAAUUCUUAAAUUUCUUGGUUUCAUGUGGAAUCCCUUGUCAUGGGUAAUGGAAGCUGCAGCAGUGAUGACAAUUGCUCUUGCUAACGGUGGAGGACAGGGUCCUGACUGGGAGGACGUUGUAGGGAUAGUGGGCCUGUUAUUUAUCAAUUCAACGAUUAGUUUUAUAGAGGAAAAUAAUGCUGGGAAUGCAGCAGCUGCCCUUAUGGCACGUUUAGCUCCAAAAACAAAGGUACUCAGAGAUGGGCAAUGGCAAGAGAGAGAUGCAGCUAUUCUAGUGCCAGGAGACAUUAUUAGCAUCAAGCUCGGUGAUAUCAUCCUUGCAGAUGCCCGCCUGCUCGAGGGAGAUCCACUGAAAAUUGACCAGUCAGCUCUUACUGGAGAAUCUCUGCCCGUUACCAAGAAGACAGGCGACGAAGUUUUUUCUGGCUCAACUCGAAAAGCUGCAUAUCUAGUUGACUCCACUAAAUUCGUUGGGCAUUUCCUACAGGUCCUUACCUCCAUUGGGAACUUCUGCAUUUGCUCUAUUGCUAUGGGAAUGCAUUUUGAAAUCAUUGUAAUGUUCGCUGUCCUUACCUCCAUUGGGACCUUCUGCAUUUGCUCUAUUGCUAUGGGAAUGCUUUUUGAAAUCAUUGUAAUGUUCGCUGUGCAGCACCGUUCUUACAGGAGUGGAAUCAAUAACCUUCUUGUGCUCUUGAUUGGUGGAAUACCCAUAGCAAUGCCGACAGGUGCCAUCACAAAGAGGAUGACAGCAAUUGAAGAAAUGGCUGGCAUGGAUGUACUUUGCAGUGAUAAAACUGGGACCCUUACCAUGAAUCGCCUUACUGUUGAUCGCAAUCUUAUUGAGGUUUUAAACAAAGAUAUGGUUGUAUUGCUUGCUGCCAGAGCAUCUAGACUGGAGAAUCAAGAUGCCAUUGACACAGCACUCAUUAAAAUGCUUGCUGAUCCAAAGGAGACUGGAGAAUCAAGAUGCCUUUGCACAGCACUCAUUAAAAUGCUUGCUGAUCCAAAGGAGGCCCGUGCAAACAUUACAGAAGUGCAUUUCUUGCCAUUUAAUCCUGUGGAUAAACGUACUGCACUUACUUACAUUGGUUCUGAUGGUGAUUGGUAUCGGGCAAGCAAAGGAUCUCCGGAACAGAUUCUGAAUUUGUGCCAAGAGAAACAAGAGAUAUCUGCAAAAGUACACGCCAUCGUUGACAAAUUUGCUGAAAGGGGGCUUAAGGAAGUUCAGGAAAAAUCAAAGGAGAGCCCUGGAGGACCUUGGACAUUAUGUGGGUUAUUGCCCUUAUUUGAUCCACCAAGACUUGAUAGUGCCGAGACUAUUCACAGGGCACUUAACCUAGGGGAGAUCAGUUGGCAAUUGCGAAGGAGACAGGUAGACGACUUGGCAUGGGAACCAAUAUCUACCCCUCUUCGGCACUAUUCGGCCAUGACAAGGAUGAAUAUGAAUGUCAUUGAAAAAGCAGAUGGAUUUGCUGGUGUUUUUCCCGAACACAGGUACGAAAUUGUAAAGAUCCUACAAGAACAGAAGCAUGUGUGUGGAAUGACUGGAGAUGGUGUAAAUGAUGCACCUGCUUUAAAGAAAGCAGAUAUUGGAAUAGCAGUUGCAGAUGCAACAGCUGCUGCUAGGGAUGCUGCUGAUCUCGUCUUAACAGAGCCUGGCUUAAGUGUGAUUUUCAGUGCUGUUUUAACAAGCAGGGCUAUAUUUCAAAGAAUGAAGAACUAUACAAGUCCUGAGAGUAAUGAAAUUUCAGCCAAGGAAAUAUAUGCUGUCUCCAUUACUAUUCGGAUUGUGCUUGGUUUUACACUUCUGGCAUUGAUAUGGGAAUAUGACUUCCCACCUUUCAUGGUUCUGAUAAUAGCUAUACUGAAUGAUGGUACCAUUAUGACUAUUUCUAUAGAUAGGGUGAAACCAUCUCCAAGGCCUGACAGUUGGAAGCUGAAUGAGAUAUUUGCAACCGGAAUUGUCAUUGGCACUUAUCUGGCUUUAGUGACUAUCUUAUUCUACUGGGCUGCAGCAAGCACCACUUUCUUUGAGACUCACUUCCAUGUGAAGUCGCUAUCAGGAAAUACUGAAGAAAUUUCAUCUGCUAUAUACCUGCAAGUCAGCAUUAUCAGCCAGGCUCUCAUUUUUGUCACACGCAGUCAAAGUUGGUCAUUUCUGGAGAGACCUGUGACUCUUUUGAUGUGUGGCUUUGUGGUAGCUCAAUUGGUUGCGACCCUGAUUGCAGUCUAUGCGAAUAUAUGCUUUUCUCCAAUUAGUGGCAUUGGGUGGGGGUGGGCAGGAAUUAUAUGGCUAUAUAGUCUGGCUUUCUAUGUACCCCUGGAUAUUAUUAAGUUUCUUGUUCACUAUGCUUUGAGUGGGAAAGCCUGGAAUCUACUGUUUGAUAGGAAGACAGCAUUUACAUCCAGAAAAGAUUAUGGGAAAGAAGAAAGGGCAGCUAAAUGGGUACUCUCUCAAAGAUCACUACAAGGGUUGAUGUCUGGAGAGUUUAGGAUUAAGAGAAGCAGGUCUUCUCUGCUUGCUGAGCAGACCGGACGGCGUGCAGAAAUAGCCAGGCUAGGAGAGUUGCACACUUUGAGAGGACAUGUAGAAUCAGUAGUGAGGCGUAAGAAUUUGGACUUAAAUACAAUCCAAACAGCACAUACAGUCUAA